AUGAAGGCAUUCAGGCUUCUGCUCUGCACAUUCCUGUCCCUUUUCAGCCUUGGACAAGCAUCCAAGCUCGCUGUCCCCAGCGAGAUGCUCGCCAUGUACAACGCAUAUGUUUUGGAUUUUGUCAAGAAUGGAGCAAAACGUACCCUGGGACCAGGUCUAAGCAAUGAGGCCUUAGUUGACUUUGGGACCUUUACGGCGCACGUCUGGAUAGACAUUAAGUUUGAUCGAAAGGGCCUUUUCUUGAGCCAAGCCCCAGAAUAUGGGAAGAAUACCUUGAGCCAAAUUACGAAAAGCCUGCCAAAAUAUCCACUAUACGACCGAUCUCAUUUGCUAAAAGAUGAUUCUGUGACGAAUCAUCAGAUGGUCCUCAAAAAACUUCAUCAUGUCGUUCAAUCGACUCGAGGUAGCACCGCGUCGGGCUUCUCAGACGCCUGGAAAACCCAUCUCCCCGAGUUCAAGCGGGCUUUUGCAGGGACCCAAGGAGCGCGGCUAAGUGAGAUGUUCUCAGUCGGACUAAAGCCAUUGUUUGAGAAGAAAUUUACGACUUCCAAUUUGAAAUCUUCAUCAUAUCCUGUACUGGACACAGACGUUUCAUACGUUUACCAGAACUGGGGUUUGACAGCGGCGUCCGAAGAUAAUCCUAUAGAUGCAAUAAAUAAAUACCUGGAGUGGUAUCGUGGUCUGCUAUCUGAGACGGAGAAAACGAGAGGUGUGAAAACUUACCUAUCCCAUCGAGAAAUUACCGCGUCGAUUGGUAAGAGCUUGAGUCAGUUGGACAGCCUGGACAGCUGUGAUUAG